AUGACUGACAACAAGAUCUCUUCCGUCAACGAGGAGCAUGCAGAAUCAAUCGGUGAGGUGAAGAAGGGCGUGAUUGAUUCCAUGCUGAUCGACACCGAGCGCUCUCCGGAAGCUCGUGGUCGAUUAGUCGACGACGUGCCCCGAAGUUACUGGGUCAGUGGGCGAUUCUUGGGCAGUUACGUCGCCGUGAUCCUGGCCAGCAAUGCUGGCAUUGGCGGCUUUAGCCUUGCAGCACCGGUCCUUAGUGCAGUCAACAACGAGCUGGGCCCUAGCCCAAAUAUCAGCUGGAUCGGAUUGAGCUGGUUGUUGUGUCAGGGCAUCGGCGCCCUCAUCGUCGGCCGGCUCUCUGACAUCUUCGGCCGCCGCUGGAUGUUCAUCACGGGCUCCAUCAUCGGUCUCAUCGGUAGCAUCUUCGCGAGCAUCGCUGGCGGUAUUCAAGUCAAUUUCUGGUGGGUGACCAGCGAGAUCGUGCCCAUGAAGUACAGAUACGUCGCGGUGGCAGGUUGUUUCGCGCUGGCCCCAUACAACCACUUGGGAUCGAAGAUUGCAUACUCCCUUCUCACCCAAACCGGCCCCGGCUGGAGGUCGAUCUAUUACCUGCUCAUCGCCACGAAUGCGGCGUCGGUCGCGGCGUGGUAUUCAUUUUAUCAUCCACCUACCUUCAAAAUGCUUCAUCGUCACAAGGCCGCCAAAGAUUUGCUCACAACCUUCGACUGGCUUGGUCUCGUUCUCUACAUCGGAUCCACCAUUACCUUCCUCAUGGGACUUCAAUGGGGAGGCGCUCUGUAUCCCUGGAAGAGUGCCCAUGUGAUUGGGGCCUUGCUGGCUGGGGCAGCGGGACUAGCAAUCUUCAUCGGCUGGGAGAUCUACCUGCCCAGGAUGUCUCAGAACAUCAUCCCGUUCGUGACGUUGUACUACCUCCGGAACUUCAAUUGGCUGUGUAGCACGAUUUUGUCCGGCGUCGGUGGUUCCGCGUACUACGGCUUUAGCACCAUCUGGCCCUCUGCGGUGAGUACCAUCUACUCAGUCCCAAGUCACUCCCAAUACAGCACUCUCCUCUGCCUGGUCACCAUGUCCUACACUUACGGACAGGCCACCGUCACGCUCGCCACCCACUGGACCGGACCAAAGCCCCUCCUCAUCACUUGCAUGAUGAUCUCCGGGCCCAUCCUGGCGGCGGUUGCUUACAAUCCUCUCAACAUGAGCCUCACUAUGGGCCUGAUCAUCGUAGGGUGCAUCUUCAUCGGGGGAAUGAAAGGCAUCGCCCUGGUCACCACUACGUUCCCCCUCCGGACCCAGGAAGAGAUCGGCUCCGCUGGUGGUCUCAGCGGCACCAUCCGCCUGUUCUUCUCCUGCGUCUCCCUGGCCAUCUACGGCACCACUUUGACCAACCGCCUGGCCACGACCAUCCCCGCGAACAUCCUCCCGGCCAUGGCAGACGCCGGGCUCCCGUCGUCCUCUAUCCCCGCUCUGCUUUCAGGCCUCUCGGGCGCGACUGCUCUCAACGAGACUACAGUGGCGGGAUUGAAUCCACAUAUCCUGUCCAUCGCGCAGACCGCCUACAGGGUUGCCAAUGCUCAGGCCUACCGGACCGUCUUCCUCGUCUCGCUGGCGUUCACGGGGCCCGGCAUGAUCCUCGUCUGGUUCACGUCGCAGAACGACCGGGCCAAGGAAGACUUGAUCGCCGGCCAUAUACACAAGCGUGGGGAAGAGAGGGCCUUGGAGACUCAGGCGGACUAA